AUUUGUUUAAAAUGUGUAUUAUUUUUUGUGCGAUAUUAGUUAAAUAUCAUAGUAUUUAUUGUGUGUGAAUGUGAACUUUGUCUAUAACUUGAAUGAAUUUUGACCAAUAUUAUAAGAUGUAAUUGUAUUUUUUGGAGUUCUCAUUAGACACCUAGUUAUUCACUAGCGCAACAGUAUGUAUUCAGUGCCUAGCGUAAUAAUAAAGCUUAAUAGGUACUUACUUUGCAACUUAUCGUUCUUGCUAGAGCAUUAUAAUCGUUUAUUUUGUAUGAACAACAAAACAGCCGCUAAGACUGAUAAGGAUUACAAGAGUUAUUCGUGCUCAGGGUACAGGAGGACGACAGAAAACGCACCUAAGGAGUAGGACUAGGGUCAAAUUUAUGCAAUUUUAUAGAUAGUUGAAUUAAAAUUCGUAAUUAAUGAAAUAUUAAAUUGUUUUCUAAGAAAUGUAUGUUUUAAUUUUUUCAUACGCUAAGUACAUAUUUAAGUACACACUACACUGUGCAUUUCAUUAAAAGUAGGCUGUAUACACCAUUAUAUCUUUCCAUACACUAGGCUGUGUUGCGUCAAGUACGUUAACGACUUCUUGGCGGGAAUCUGAAGCGUCAUGUUAGCGGUUUUGUUUUAUUUCCUCAAAUUCGUGUGUGGGCGACUAUUAAUGUGUAAUAAUGGUGGAUUAUUAACCAUUGAGUGUUCGUGAACGUGCAUGAGUGUGGGCAAGUGAAGCAAAACAGUGCAUCGUGAUUCUUCUGGUUCUCUCAAGUUGUCCAUAGGAGGUCUCAGUAAAGCACCACAACUUUACUGAGACUCAACGGGUGGGAAGGGGUCAUCUAUCAUCCUUCAUUAUAUCAUUACUUGAUCUCAUUUAUUAACUCGUAUUGCUCGUAUCACAUAAAUACUUGAAAAUGGCACAAAUCAAGUCGACCUCGACGUGUAUUGCCAACAUCAUCAAAAAAGAAGAAGAAGUACGUUAACGUCACUGUCAGUGUCAGACGUAAACGUCAAAAUCAGCUGUUGUGUGUGUGUUGUGCUCGCAGAUAAGGAUUGAUAUGGAUUAGAGGUUGUGCUGCUGUGCUGUGUGCGAGUUGUGAAAAACUGUAUUGAAAAUAAAUAAUAAAAUUUUACAUUUGAAUUCAACAAGAGUACAUUUUUCUGUCAGUAAAAAUGUCCAGAAAUAUUUACAGUAACUUUGUCAAGCCUUCCUCGUCGGGUGAAGUUAGUGGCUCGACAAAUUCAUUUGCACAGACUCGUAUAAGUGGAGAAGAAGCCAGGAAAAUAUACAUUAAUGAGGUAAAACACGUUAAAGAUCCAGUUCCAGUAAAACGAAAAAAACUUGUAGUAGACCAAGAAAUAUCUGAUAAGGAUUUGUUCAUAUCAGUGCAAAAUGAUGAUAUUGACACAUUGAAAGCAGCUUUAGAUAACGAUCCAGAUAAAAUAAACAAACUAGAUGACUACGGUUGGAGUCUCCUCAUGAUAGCUUGCCAAGCCAACAGCAUAGAUUCGGUUAAAGAACUACUUAAACGAAGUUGCAACACAUCAGUGAGGGAUAAGGCUGGGAACUCUGCACAAAGCUUAGUCAUUAAGAACAAAAACUACAUUCUAGCUGAUAUUCUAUUGAGUCAUACACAAACACAAAGAGAAAAAGAAGUAAAAAAUAAAGAACAGACUUCACAUCAUAAUGAUGAUGUUCGAAUAGAAGAUUUCUUCUGCGAUCUGUGUAAUAUUAAAGUAAGAAACAAAGAUUAUCAUUUAUCUUCAACAAUACAUAAUAUAAAUUUAAGUAAAGGUAAAAAGAUGCCAACAAAUUAUGUGAUUCCUGAAUCUAAUAGGGGAUAUCAAAUAAUGUUGAAGGUUGGAUGGGACAAGGAGUCUGGGCUGGGACCAGAUGGGUCUGGAAAGAAGUACCCAAUCAAAACAGUGCUGAAACAAGACAGGAAAGGUCUUGGACAUGGAAAGAAGACAAAUAAGGUAGAAAAGACAGAGAAAACUUCUGAAUCUGUUAGGCAAAAGAAUAGAAAAGCAUUAGCAAGAGAUCAUGAAUCUAAUAGAAGAAUGGAAAUCAAUUUCAGGCGGCAAUUUUAUCUGAAUUAGAUUUUUAGUUGAAACCUUCCAGUUUUUAAAAUCUUCCAGCUGAGCUUGAAGCAGAACAGAAAUCACCAGGAUUUAUACUUUUUUAAUGAAUGUGUGUGUAAUUAUGUAUGUUUGCAAUAUAAAUCAAGUAAUAAAUGAAAUAUUUUUACAAAA